AGUCUGGCGCUAAAUUCAAACUCCUCGUGCACCUAGAAAAAAGAAUAGCAGAGCAAAAAGCACCUCCAAUUGAUUAUUGUCAGUCGCCCAAAGGUGAUGUCUUCGAUGAGUAUGAUGAACCGCUAUGUGGAGAAUAACUGUAGAUUGUGCAGAAAAUGCUUUUGCUGCCCAAAAUGUCGCGCAAAACAUGAAAGGGCGGUACAUAACAUCUUCCCUGAAUGCUCUAUAUGUGUUUAUGGGAAAAUGGUGUUGAAGAAGCCCUCUCAGGCCUUAAUGGUGCAUAUUAAAGAAGCCCACUGGCCAUUGCAUUGCGUUUAUUGCAAAAGAAUUUUCGACGCAGAUGAUUUUAAUCAGCACAGCAAAUGUCCCAUUGGUAAAAGCAGAUUAGACCUAGUAGCUAGGACUCCUCUUGUACCUAAGAUCCUCAUGGAAUGCUAUGAUGGCGUCGAUUCACCCCCAGUGGAAUUCUCCGGUUUUCUUUUGGUGGCCAUUACCAGCACUCCUAGAGACUCUAUGAGGGCUAUCCAGAUCAAUGAAACACCAAUUGAUAGGAUGGCCAAGAUCAAGAAUGCCAAUGAGAAUCUAUCCAGUCAAACACCGAGCGUGUACGACGAGAACAAGAGAGCGGAGAAGAGAAGGGUUACGUUCAGCCAGACGCCGAUGGUGGAGAAUCCGAAGAAGAAACCGCAAGGGUUCUUGAAAGGAUCACUGAAGAAGUACGACAUGUUCAAAGAUGAGAACAUUUCGAACCGCUUCAGUACUACUAUUGAUAACGAAAGAAGUGAGCAAUUCCUUCUGCUGAAGAUCGUCUAUAAAAUAAUCGCGUACAUAUAUGCAGGUUUCACUAAGUACGAAAGUGCUACAAGCAAAAGUCAAUCGCAAUCCGUUACUACUUUGGACAGAUCUAAACGCAGAAGGAGUAGCCUUGGUAAUGACACCCUUUGGGAAAGCGCAUUAAACGAUUCGGCUGAUUUUAUUGAUGAGAAACCGCCAAAAAGACGAAUGAUCGAUUCAGGUUCGUCCGUAUCUUCGGAUGAAGCCCCGAAAGAGGUGGACUCUAUUGUUCAGACUGAAACUCCGGGGCUUUGGUCCUCGAUGGCUUAUUUGAUGAAAAGCGUGGUUCAGGGUAUUGCUGGCAGUGGCCCAGAGCGCAGGAAGCGCUUUUUAUCUGACAGUGACUGCAUUAGCGAUUUGGAGAUCAAGCAGCUGAAGAAGAUCAAGUUAACCGAUAUAAAAUGUCGACCUCCAAUUCGCAGCUAUAAGAUGUUACAUCUGCAGUAUCAGUCGCCUAAGGUUGGUAGAGGUACUCAGACAGAUUAAACAAAACCAUUUUUACUCACAUAAUAAUUAAUAUAUUUGGAUGUUCCAAUUUUCAAUGUUUAUCAAUAUCAAUUAAAUAA